AUGAACUCCACAGCGGACGAGUCGGUCUUCACGCAAAUCGCGCAAUGGAAUCAAGCGCAAGAACUCAGAGCUCCUAAGAUGAAGGACGUCUUUUACCGCAACCUUGAGGAAGCUCUCGACAUGCGACGAAGCCAGCAUAAUCUCAUUACUCUGCGAAAACGCAAAGACAACAUUGACUUUUCUUCAAACGACUUUCUCUCUCUCGCUACAUCCGGACAGCUUCGUGAGGCUUUCCUCGAAGAGCUUCAUCGGUACCCCAACUUCACUGUUGGCAGCACUGGCUCUCGUCUCCUAGACGGCAACAGCGAUUAUUUCGAGGAUCUCGAGGACGAAAUCGCUGCAUUCCACGGCGCUGAGCGUUCUCUCAUCGUCAACUCCGGCUUCGAGGGCAACUCGGCAAUCUUCUCAUCCAUUCCCCGCCCAGGCGAUGCGAUCGUGUUCGACGAGCUCGUGCAUGCCAGCGCCCACGAGGGUAUGUCGCGCUGCAUGGCUAAGGUCAAGGUCUCCUUCAGCCACAACUGCGUCGACUCUUUCCGUGAGGUUUUGGAGAUGGUGCAUGAGUCCGAGCCACUGAUUCAGCGAGGACAGCGCGUUGUACUCAUCGCCGUUGAAACGGUCUACAGCAUGGACGGUGACGUGUGCCCGUUGAAGGAAAUGGUUGAGGCCGCAAAGGAGGUUUUGCCAAAGGGAAACUUCCAAUUCAUCGUCGAUGAGGCGCACGCCACUGGAGUCGUUGGUGAUAAGGGAGUUGGACUUGUUUCGGCACUAGGCCUCCAGAGAGAGAUUGCCAUUCGCCUGCAUACCUUUUCCAAAGCGUUGGGGGCUUCUGGCGCUGCAGUACUCUGCAACGAUACCAUCCGGACCAUGUUGGUGAACCACGCCCGGCCCAUCUGCUUCACCACAGCCGCAUCGUUCCCUACCCUGGCUGCUAUCAAAGCAGCUUACCGACUCCUCGCAGAUGGGAAGACAGAACCGUCUCGUAUGCGACUUCAGGAACACAUUCGGCUUUUCUACAAGUCGAUCACUGACAAUCAACACUACAAGGAUGUCCGUGACGCUGGAAUUAUUGAUAUUCCUCUGGCCGAGGAGUGGGAAGCACAGCCCAUUCUUUCCCACAUCGUUGCAGUCCUCACAGAGCCGCGUCAUAACUACUUCCUCUCCAUUCACCUCCAGCUUCUGCGCUUCUGGGCUUUCCCCGUUGACCCCCCUGCAGUGCCAAAGGGCACCAACCGCGUUCGCAUCGCAUUUCACGCCAGCCUCACCGAAGAACAGGUCGUUGGACUUGCUAGUGCUAUCUGCGAGUGGGCCAAGGAGAUGUUGGGCAUCAAGAAGAGUGGGAAAGAGGGUGCGCUGCCGACAGCGGCUCAGCAGGUGUACAAGAUUACGUCCCUGACUCCUCGCUUUGAUCAGUACUCCGUCGAGUGA